AUUAAUUGGCGUUCUCUCUCUGUGGAAAAAGACCUGCUGAGUCAUGAAGCCCGGACUGUUCACUGUGCUUGGGGUUGCUGCUGGAGCAGUUGGUACAGCUGUGUUAGCUCCGGUGGCGCUGACCAUGGCUGGGUUCACCUCUGCUGGUAUAGCAGCAGGUUCACUGGGCGCCAGCAUGAUGUCUUCAGCAGCCAUUGCUAAUGGAGGCGGUGUGGCAGCAGGAAGCUUGGUCGCCCUCCUUCAGUCAGCAGGUGCUGCUGGACUGUCUGCAGGAGCGACCGCUGCAGUGGCAUCAGUGGGUGGUGCAGUGGGUGCUGCGUUUGGCGGAGCAGCAGAUUUUUUCUCUCGUCCACCUCCAAAUAACGAUGAUACGACUGAAAGGCUCAUAUCAAAAUAUAUGGCCAUAAUGUUAACCCUAAUAAUUGGUCUAUUAAUGGUCGCAAUAAUCAUUGUUAAAGAAAACUGAUGAUGGUGGAUGUUUGAGAACACUUUGCAUUUGUGCACAUGUUAAUUUUAUACACUUGCAAUUGUGAGAUUUCAAUAAAUGCACAUAUAGAGUACAAUUUAAAAUUGAGUAAAUAUAUUUAAUGACAUGCACGAUUGCAGAGUGUUGUUGCUUAAGAAAACAAGAAAGUAUAAUUAAAAGAUAUUAAAAGUG